UACAUUUGAUUCAGAACAAAGAUUUCAAAUAGAGAGAGAAAGAGAGUAAACAACUAUCGCGUGGAGAGAGAGAGGGAGAAAGCUGAUUGUAAAACCCCGAGCUUGAAGACAUGGGGACUCAUCUUCUCCUUCUUCGACACUGACCCAAAAACACCGAUGAAUUUGAAGCCGGCGGUACCACCACAUUAUCUGGCAGACCCAUCAGAGCGUCACAAUCAUUGAUUUUCAAGCAAGCGUCCUCAAUCCAAGGCCUAGAACUCACUGUCAUUCUGCAUCUCAUAAAAUCCCUCUUCCCCCAAAUUCUCUCACCCAAAAACGCCAUCUUCUUCUAAACGAAAACCAGAGAAGAAAAGCUCACAGUCCUAUUAAGAUGUCUCAAAACUGGAGAAAUCAUGGCCUUUUAUUAGCGCUCCCCUGAAGGGAUUUACCCUAAAUUUGGUCAUAUUUUGAUUUUGAAAUCGAUAUUAGAGAAACAAUAAUUUAUGAAUUUUUUAGUGAAUAAUGUGCCAGGAUUUUGACCGAGAUUCCCUGUGUUUUGGUUUCCCAGCGUCGGUUUUCUGUUGUCUUGGUUUUCCGGUUUUCUGUUGUCUCGAUUUUCAAAUCGAUUAUGCUUGGUUAAGCAAGUGACCGAAGGUUGAAUCUGGGAUGACAUCUUUGCUCUGCAACUUGUGGUGUUGCAUUUUCUCUUGAAUUGAGAUUCAGGCAUGAAGCAAUAUUUUUCUCAUAAUUAGUGGAACACUGGUUGAAUCUCUGUUCUCAUACUCAGCUGUGAAACCUCUAUCCUUCCAUUUGAUUUUGUAGCUAAGAGCUCCAUCACGUCAGUUCAAGGGAAUGACCAUUUGCUGGUCUUUGAUCGGAUCAUAUCUCUGCAAAUUCUUCGUUUGAUUUUGUAUUUGAAACCUCAACCAUGGCGGCUGUGACUGAAGCUCCGUUUCCAAACGAGAUAUUGGAGGAAGAGAAUUCCCCCGGACCAGAAGUUGCAGUGCUUUUUGUCGGUUUAUCUCUGGUUCUUGGCAUAGCUUCGAGGCACUUGCUAAGAGGAACUAGGGUCCCUUACACAGUUGCGUUGCUUGUGCUUGGCAUUGGCCUUGGAUCUCUCGAAUAUGGUACCAAACAUGGACUGGGGACAUUGGGCGCUAGCAUUCGUGUUUGGUCUGAUAUUAAUCCCAAACUCCUAUUAUCCGUUUUUCUUCCUGCUCUACUAUUUGAGAGUUCAUUUGCCAUGGAAGUACACCAAAUCAAGCGAUGUUUGGCACAGAUGGUGCUUCUUGCUGUUCCUGGGGUUCUAAUUUCGACCUUUUGUUUGGGAAUUGCUUGUAAAUUGUGGUUUCCAUUUGGCUGGAAUUGGAAAACAUCUUUGCUGCUAGGAGGGCUUCUUAGUGCCACAGAUCCUGUUGCCGUUGUAGCUCUGUUAAAAGAACUUGGUGCAAGCAAAAAAUUGAAUACUAUAAUUGAGGGAGAGUCGUUGAUGAAUGAUGGGACAGCUAUCGUGGUAUACCAGCUUUUCUUUGAGAUGGUUGUUGGUCAGAGCUUCGACACUGCAGCAGUGGUCAAAUUUCUAACUAGAGUAUCACUUGGAGCUGUAGCUGUUGGUCUUGCUUUCGGCAUUGUAUCUGUUGUGUGGCUCAGAUUUAUUUUCAACGACACUGUCAUAGAAAUCACUUUGACACUUGCAGUGAGCUACAUCGCAUACUUCAUUGCUGAUGAUGAAGUUGAAGUGUCCGGAGUUUUGACAGUAAUGACUGUUGGAAUGUUCUAUGCUGCAGUGGCUCGAACAGCUUUCAAGGGUGAAAGCCAACAAAGCUUGCAUCAUUUCUGGGAGAUGGUUGCCUACAUCGCAAACACUCUUAUCUUUAUCUUAAGUGGGGUUGUUAUAGCUGAGAGCGUGCUUCGAAGUGGAAUCCAUGUUGAAAACCAAGGAUCCUCAUGGAUGUACCUCUUACUCCUUUACGUCUUUGUUCAAGUGUCUCGUGCUAUAGUUGUGGGACUAUUAUAUCCUGGCCUGCGAUGCUUUGGCUAUGGUCUGGACUGGAAAGAAGCUACUGUUCUCGUAUGGUCAGGUUUACGGGGAGCUGUGGCUUUGUCAUUAUCAUUAUCUGUUAAGCGCGCUAGUGACAAAUCUAGUACAUCUUUCCUCCAAGAAGAAACUGGUGAUCAGUUUGUUUUCCUUACCGGUGGAAUCGUGUUCUUGACACUUAUUUUGAAUGGAUCAACUACCCAAUUUGUUCUACACUUUUUAAACAUGGACAAACUCUCAGAUACAAAGAUACGAAUUUUGGAGUACACAAGGUAUGAGAUGAUGAAUAAGGCCCUAGAAGCCUUUGGAGAGCUUGGAGAUGAUGAAGAGCUUGGACCUGCUGAUUGGCCAACAGUGAAAAGAUACAUUGCAUCCUUGACUGAUGCUGAUGGAAGACAGGCACAGGCUCACCAUACAUCUGAGAGUCAGCAUUAUCUACACAACAUGAAUGUAGGAGACAUUCGAGUGCGCCUCUUGAAUGGGGUUCAGGCUGCAUAUUGGGGAAUGCUCGAAGAAGGAAGGAUAACUCAAACUUCCGCUAUUCUUUUGAUGCAGUCAGUUGAUGAAGCAAUUGAUCGGGUACAUGAGCAACCAUUGUGUGACUGGAAAGGCUUGAAAACAAAUGUUCAUUUUCCAAACUACUACCGGUAUCUCCAAAUGAGUCAUUUGCCACAAAAGCUGGUCAUAUAUUUCACCGUGGAAAGGUUAGAGUCCGCUUGUUGCAUUUGUGCUGCAUUUCUACGUGCUCACAGAAUUGCAAGGAGACAACUUCAUGAAUUCAUUGGAGAAAGUGAGGUUGCUGCUGCUGUCAUUCAGGAAAGUGAUGCAGAGGGGGAUGAAGCUAGAAAUUUCCUAGAAGAUGUUCGCCUUUCAUUCCCUCAGGUUCUACGUGUGGUGAAGACACGACAGGUCACAUACUCCAUACUGUCACAACUGAGUGAGUACGUACAAAAGCUUGAAAAAUCGGGAUUAUUGGAACUUAAGGAGAUGAGUCAGCUCCACGAUGCUGUGCAGACUGAUCUGAAAAAGCUUCUGAGAAAUCCUCCUUUAGUAAAGAUGCCUAAAAUUAGUGAUAUACUAAGCAUGCAACCUCUGCUUGGGGCACUUCCUUCUGAUAUACGCCAACUUCUCGAGAACUCCACGAAGGAGAUGAUGAAAUUGCGUGGGGUCUCACUGUAUAAGGAGGGAGCCAGGCCAAAAGGGAUAUGGCUUAUUUCAAAUGGAGUUGUAAAGUGGACAAGUAAGGGUUUGAUGAAUAAGCAUUCGCUGCAUCCAACAUUUACCCAUGGGAGUACUUUGGGCCUUUAUGAAACCCUAAUUGGAAAGCCUUACCUCUGCAACUUGAUCACCGAAUCUGUUGUGCAUUGCUUUUUCAUUGAAUCAGAAAAGUUACUUUCAGUACUCAGAAUGGAUCCUACAAUUGAGGAUUUCUUGUGGCAGGAAAGUGCUAUAGUCGUAGCCAAACUCUUAUUUCCUCAAAAAUUUGAGAAAAUGCCAAUGCAAGAAUUGAGGGCUCUUGUUGCAGAAAGGUCAACCAUGAACAUUUAUUUAAGUGGAGAAGUCAUAGAGAUACCUCCUCAUUCUGUUGCCUUCAUAUUGGAGGGCUUUGUCAAAACCCAAUAUAGAAAAGAAGAUUUGGUUACUUCUCCAGCAGUAUUGCUGCCCUCUCAUGCAGAACAGAGGCUUUCAUGUUCAGAUGGAAGAUUAAGCAGUUUUCGUCAAGGGGCUUAUUAUCAAGUGGAGACAAGAUCAAGAGUCAUCUUCUUUGAUGUGGCUGCAGUGCAAACUGAUGGUCCCUUGCAAAGAGGAUCUGGAUCUUGGAUUUCGAAUUCUUAUGAUCUUCCAGGUCGUCCAAUUCAUGAACAUGACGGUCUCAUGAGUUGGCCUGAGCAUUUCUAUAUGUCAAGAAAGCAUUCUGAUAACCCCAAUGGAGUUAAAAAUCGUUCAAGGCAAUUCUCGGCAAGGGCCAUGGAGCUAGGCAUAUUUGGUAGCAUGGUGAGUGAUGGCCAAUGUCCCCGAAGAUUCCCUUGGAGUUAUAGUCCAAAGCCAGCGCAUAGUCUCUCGUAUCCAAGAGUUCCCUUGAAGUCUACCAAGCAAACCACUGCUCGACCCCUCAUGUCUGCAAAAUCAGAAGGAGCCACCAUGAACAAGCAUUUUAUAACAAAAGACCUCGAGCAACAAACACAACCAGUUACGACCCUUCCUGGGAAAAGCAGGGAAAUUGAGGAUGAUUCAAGUGAUGAAUCAGGUGGAGAAGAUGACCACAUUGUGAGAAUUGACUCCCCUAGUAGACUUUCCUUUCACCAAUACUCAUGAUUUUUUGCUUUGAUCGCUAUGUUUUAGGAGCCUACUUGUGUAUUAUAGUCUUUGGUUAACUCUCUCAUUUAAAGACAACACACCUUGGGCCCAA